CACGAGUAUCGGACAUCGCGUCGGCAGUUAAAAAAUGUCGGCAGAUACCAGGCGGUUCGAAAAGGAGGAUCAUGCCGCUGUCUACGUCCUAGGUCGGCCGGAUUGGCCCAAAGAUAUCAUCGAGAAAAGCAUAGCCUUUCUCCGUGAAAAGAAAUCCAAGCCUUUCUUGCUUGCGGUGGAUGUCGGAUGUGGAUCAGGCCAGAACACGCGGCCUUUGGCUCCGCACUUUGAAAUGGUCAUCGGUGUGGAUGUGAGUGAGGCGCAGAUAAAAGCCGCGCAAUCCGUGGAAAAUCCAUCAAAUGUGGAAUUUAGAAUUGGCAGCGGAGAGAGUAUUCCUGUCCCCGAUGGCUCGGCUGACAUGAUCACGGUUGCGGAGGCAGUGCACUGGUUUGAUAUCGAUGCGUUCUUUCGCGAGGUGGAUCGAGUCCUGAAGCCUUGUGGCUGCGUGGCGAUCUACUCCUGCAAUAUGUAUCCCCGGGUGGAAGGUGACGAUAACAAGAAUCAACUCCUGAAAGAUGUUGUUUUGAAGUUUGAUAGCUUUUUAGCACCGUACGGCAGCGACCGUAUUCGACACGUCCGAAACAUGUUAGCAGAUAUCCACAUCCCAUAUGAAGAAACAAUCAGGGAUGACACUCUUCAAAUUAAGCACGACACAACACUGGCGUCAUUCAUGAACUUCGUCCGAUCUUGGUCCAGUUAUCAAGGUUAUCGUGUGAAGAACCCUACCGGCCCUGACCCAGUCUUAGCCAUGCAGGAUCGGUUUAUAGAGAUUUUAGGUUUAGCCGAUUGUCCACUCGAAAAUGCGCAGAUUUCCACCAGCUGUCCAGUUGUCUUGCUGCUCGGAAGAAAACCAGAAAACCAGCCUGGUAAUUAAACGUCGGAUCCGCCAGGCAAACUUGGCAAUAGGAGCCCUGGAGUUUCAGGGAGGCAUUGAGUCCAUGUAGGCUCAAGUUGGAAAGCCUGCUCCAUUCAAGCAAACACUUGUUUCAGGCUGGCAUAUUCCAGAUUUAAAGGGAAAAUACAACAUUUGCAAACAUUGAAAAAUAAAACUACCAAGUUUUUACGAAAUUCCUUACUAGGAUGUUGGUAAAUGACAGUCUAAAGCAUCCUGU